UGUACUCUCAAUCACGCAGUCUGCAGCAAGUAAGUCUCUCUCCUGUACAAUCUCCUCGCGUCGAUAUAUUUGCCAAGGAUAGCCCAACUGUUCAGAACCGAGACAACCCCCCUCCCCUGUCUCUCACACCACGAUUAAUCAUGGGCUUCCCUAAAGUCCCCCCCAGCGGAGUCUGGUGUCCCGCCGUCACCCUGUUCGACCGGGAAACCGACGCUCUCAUACCCGAGGACCAGGCCAAAUACUAUGCCUACCUCUCCAAGACCGGUCUUCGCGGCCUUGUUAUCCUGGGUACAAAUGCCGAGACCUUCUUGUUGACGCAGAACGAGCGCAAGUCCCUCGUCAGUAUUGCCCGCAAGGCCAUCGGUCCGGACUUCCCCAUUAUGGCCGGUGUUGGCGGCCACUCGACGCGCCAGGUGCUCGAAUAUAUCGCCGAUGCUGCUGAUGCCGGUGCCAAUUACGCCCUCGUGUUGCCUCCGGCGUACUUUGGCAAGGCCACUACGCCCGCUGUCAUUACCGACUUCUUCCUCGAGGUCGCCGCCAAGAGCGCCCUGCCCAUCGUCAUUUACAACUUCCCCGGCGUGUGCAACGGCGUGGAUCUCGACUCGGCCAUCAUCGCCGACCUGGCCCGCAAGCACUCCAACAUCGUCGGCGUCAAGCUGACCUGCGGCUCCGUUGCCAAGAUCACCCGCCUCGCUGCGGAGCUGGACCCCGCGACGUUUGCUACCUUUGGCGGCCAGUCUGACUUCCUUAUCGGCGGCUUGAGCAGUGGAUCUGCCGGCUGCAUCGCCGCCUUUGCCAACGUCUUCCCCAAGAGCAUCGUGCGCAUCUACGACCUAUGGCAGGAGGGCAAGAUCGCCGAGGCCCUGCAGUUGCACAAGAAAGCCGCGCUGGCUGAGCAGCCCUGCAAGUCUGGCAUUGCCGCAACAAAGUACGCCGCCGCAGUCAACACGGCAAAGGCGGCCGGUAUUGAGAACGCCCCCGCCAAGAUGAUGCCCAGGAAGCCUUAUGCCGAGCCGCCGCAGGCCGCCAAGGAUAACGUCGCGUCGACCAUGGCGGAGCUGGCCAAGAUUGAGGCUUCGUUGUAAGAGGGAUGUCGCAACGCGAUAGAAUAACUCCAACGGAUAGAUUACAUGAAGAAUUAGACCUUUAUUAGUCCCACUAAUAGAUGCAAGCACCCUUGACAAGCGGGUGCUAAAUUUAGCAACCGUCAUCAUGUCUAUGUCGUGUGUUAGUGUCACCCAA